CCAUGGCGGUGCAGAACAUCAACGAGCUGCCGGAGAACAUCCUGCUGGAGCUGUUCACCCACGUGCCCGCACGCCAGCUGCUGCUGCGCUGCCGCCUUGUCUGCAGCUUGUGGCGCGACCUCAUCGACCUUGUGACCCUCUGGAAGCGCAAGUGUCUCCGGGAAGGCUUCAUCACCGAGCACUGGGACCAGCCGGUGGCCGACUGGAAGAUCUUCUACUUCCUGCGCAGCCUCCAUAGGAACCUCCUGCACAACCCCUGUGCGGAAGAGGGUUUUGAGUUCUGGAGCCUGGAUGUGAAUGGUGGCGAUGAGUGGAAGGUAGAGGAUCUCUCUAAAGACCAGAGGAAGGAAUUCCCCAAUGGCCAGGUCAAGAAAUACUUCGUCACUUCUUAUUACACCUGCCUCAAGUCCCAGGUGGUGGACCUCAAGGCCGAAGGGUAUUGGGAAGAGCUAAUGGACACUACACGGCCAGACAUAGAAGUCAAGGACUGGUUCGCAGCCAGGCCAGACUGCGGGUCCAAGUACCAGCUGUGUGUUCAGCUCCUGUCAUCUGCGCACGCACCACUGGGGACCUUCCAGCCGGACCCAGUGACAAUCCAACAGAAAAGUGAUUCCAAGUGGAGGGAGGUCUCCCACACAUUCUCCAACUACCCACCUGGUGUCCGCUACAUCUGGUUUCAGCAUGGCGGCGUGGACACUCACUACUGGGUUGGCUGGUAUGGCCCACGGGUCACCAACAGCAGCAUCACCAUCGGGCCCCCUCUGCCCUGACGGCCCCGAGACCCCACCUGCUGAACCCCAACUGGUAAACUGCUGUCAGAGAAGGGCUGGGCUUGGG